AUGGAUCUCGUACAAACGGUGCGCAAAGAAGGAAGCCGCGGCGGUCGCGCCGACUUCAAAUGGGAAGACGUCAAGAACGAUGCACAACGCGAAAACUAUCUCGGCCACUCGCUCAUGGCGCCCGUUGGUCGCUGGCAACAAGGACGCGACCUGAACUGGUAUGCAAAAGGCGACGAAGAAUCCAAAGAAGCCGAGGCGGCGCGCAUCAAAGAAGAGAAGCGCAAGCUGAAGGAGGCUGAGGAGGACGCGAUGCUGGCUGCUAUGGGCUUGCCCGUUCCGGUACGCAACAACGCAAACCUGACGCCGCUGGGCGAGAAGGCACACCAGGCAGAUGUCAAAGACACAUUGGACGAGAAGGCCAAGGCGGAAGAGGAUGACGACAAGGCGAAGAAGAGGGAGAAGAAGGAACAGAGCGACGACAUAGACACCGAGAUCGCUCACGGUCGCGCGACAGGCGGAGAGACGAUGGUCGCGAUGACAGACGCAGACAUAGAUCGCGAAGCCGCGACCAUAAGCGAAGGGAAGAUUAUACAGAGCGCAAGCGCGAACCUGACGCCGAUGCGAAGCGAUCAAGAUCACUCUCCAGAGACCGUAGACGUCGGAGAGAUACAAGGAGCAGGUCACCGCACAAGAGGAGCGAGAGGAGGAGAGAUUGAACAUGGGCUGCACAAGGACCAAACCUUGCAGCGCAGCCUUUGCUCAACUGCGGGCAUCAUUGAGUCGUAG